UAAAAAACAAGAUGGAAGCCAAACUUUGACAGAAUCUCUAGGACACUGCUGACGUGAGCAUGCAACUGUGAUGACCUGACACUUGUGCCGUCCUAAACAAACAAAGCAAAAGCCAAGUCCUGGAACGCCGUUGUCAUCAACAUGGCAGACUCCAGGGAUGUUACAGGUGGGCCUGGACCACCAGAGCAAUCCCAGAAUAGAUCAAAAGAUAAGAAGCGAAGACAUGGGCAUUCCAGUGGUUCCAGAGUUAACGUCAAAGACGGUGAAAGUGGGUAUUCGGAAAAUCGAGGAAAAACGGAGCGGGUGAAAUCAAAGGAGGCGGGGAGUGAGCCGAUUUCAAAGUGCGAGAAAGCGGUGGAUUCAGUCGGUAGUGGUGAGAAGAAAGGUCGGACUCGGAGGAAUCCUGAGGAGGAGGUGCCAAGGAAUGGGGCGGGUGACUGCACGAGUGGUGAUCAGGAUGUGGACAAUGCUCGCGACGAAACGACUCAGGAACGCGAGAGACUCGGUCGGGAAGCGGAGGCGGACCGACGCACGAAUAUAUCCGCGCAGGGAGAGAUUGAACAGCAGAACAGCGCGGAUCGUAAGGGUGGCAAUAAUCAGACGAAUACGGAACACGGGAAAAAUAAGUCUGAGCCGGACUCGGAAAAUAUUGGCAAAGAGCGUCCUGUAAGCGGACAGACUGCGGCGAGAAAUCAGAAAGAAAAGUUAGUCAAGGAACACACGAGGAGUUAUUCUGAUGGCGGGGCGGUGUUUGUGAGCCCGCGUCGUCAGCGCAGCGAUUCCAACGGACAGCAUAGCGAUCAGGGCAUUUAUGAUAAUGAGCAUGCCGAGGUUGUGUUAUCGCGAUCGCGGUCGCUGAAGUACGAUCGUCAGGGAAGCCGCGCCGAUUUUCCACCGCGGUUACUUGUGGUUUCGAGUAAGAUAAAGAACAUUAUGUCCCUACAGAAUGCCCUACUGCCUCAAGUGACGUUUUUGCAAUAUAAGUUCGAGACAUCGACUUUUGAUGGUUUGAUAGGUUUAAUAGGCCAAUUCCUGCUCAAUAAGAAGUUUCACAGUGUUGCCUUAGUUCUCCAUGGCCCGGUGGGCGUGAUACAGUUGUGUGGGAAAGAGGAAAAGGUGUCGGUUGGUUUGUCUCGAGACAUUGUCGGAGCAGAGCUGGUCAAAGACCCGUCCUCAAAAAGUACGGUUGGGGAGCUCUACUUCCGUCUUGAGUGUCUCCGUGGAUGGAGCGGACAUUACCAGCAGUCAAUGGCCGGCUUUGAGAAGAUCAGAACCGUUGGGAAAGGGGCAUAUGGUGCGGCCGUCCUCUACCGGAAACGUGACGACGACUCCCUGGUCAUACUCAAAGAAAUCAACAUGCACGACUUGAAUGCAGCAGAGAGACAACUUGCUCUUAACGAGGUGAAAGUUCUUGCCGUCUUAGACCAUCCGAACAUCAUCAGUUAUUACGAUAGUUUUGAAGAAGACGGCGUCCUGAUGAUUGAAAUGGAGUAUGCAAAUGGAGGGACGCUAGCUCAAUACCUCUCUCAUAGGGACGCUCCACUGGACGAGAAAGAGAUACUAGAAAUCUUCCAACAGAUGGUGGCAGCCAUUCGCCACAUUCACGAACAUAACAUACUACACAGGGAUAUGAAAACGGCCAACAUCUUUCUGACAAAAGAGGGCGUUGUUAAAGUCGGCGACUUUGGAAUCUCAAAGAUAAUGUCAACUGCUGAUAAAGGAGCGAAUACAGUGCUGGGAACGCCUUAUUAUAUCAGCCCCGAAAUGUGCGAAGGCAAGGAGUACAAUGAUAAGUCAGACAUCUGGGCACUCGGCUGCAUUUUGUAUGAAAUGGCUUGUUUACAGAAGACGUUCGAGGGGUCAAAUCUGCCCGCCCUGGUCAAUAAAAUUAUGAAGGGCCAGUUUGCCCCAGUGAAAGGAAACUAUUCAGAAGAUUUCAAGAACCUGAUAAAGGACAUGUUAGAACGUGAGCCUGAAUACCGACCGUCUGCCAAUGAGCUCAUGUAUCGACGGUUACCAGAGAGGCAGGCUGCAUCUGAAAGACCUCGUCCCCAAUCACGACCUCGCAUCCGACUUCAACUUCAUCGAAGUCGAAGAUCAAGAAGUGAUACCAGAAUUGAAGCACCAUUACAAGACAAUGGGCGUAGUGGGCCUGAAUUACCGGUAGACGAUUUCCUUCCUGAUCUUGGUAGAGAUGUUGAUGCACCUGAUUCUGAGGUGUCCACUCAGGCAUCUAGACGCCAGGAAAGCUCUAUCCCCACUGCUACGACUUCUGGUCAGACAUCUAGAUCUAGACGUCAAGCAAGCUCCCUCUUCACUGAUACUAAUAGUUCAACCAUGGACCUUGCUGCUUGCACUCCAGCUGGAGGCGAAGUAGUGCUGGAGAUGAGAGAUUUUGCCGGUGACCCAGACAUAGAGAUGGAUGACACUGUUGUGAUAGCUGAACAGCACCAUCCAAGAACAGCAACAGAAAACAUUUGUGUUAUUCAAGAUAUGGAAUAUAUGGAAAGUAUGAUUGUAGAUGGUGAAAAGGCCAAUUGAAGAAGGGUUGCUCGCCUAAACCUCCAGAUUGCACGCACUGAAAGGAGGACAAGGAGAAGAACUAAGUCAGCUGACAGAAAAGAGGCUUGCAGAACUGGGCCCAGAACCAGAUGAGGAGGGAUGUAUCCAGGUGAAAUUUGUGUGCCCUGAAACGAAUUUAACGAGGCGAUUCCGGGAAACGGAUACUGUCCUGCUGACAGAAAAGAGGCUUGCAGAACUGGGCCCAGAACCAGAUGAGGAGGGAUGUAUCCAGGUGAAAUUUGUGUGCCCUGAAACGAAUUUAACGAGGCGAUUCCGGGAAACGGAUACUGUCCUGCUGACAGAAAAGAGGCUUGCAGAACUGGGCCCAGAACCAGAUGAGGAGGGAUGUAUCCAGGUGAAAUUUGUGUGCCCUGAAACGAAUUUAACGAGGUGAUUCCGGGAAACGGAUACUGUCCUGAGCUUGUUCUAUUUUGUUGAGGGAACGACCAAGGUUCAGGGCUGUGAACUUAUGUUAGCUGGCGAAAAGCUGAAGCGGGAUCAACUCUCCCUGAAGGAGGUUGGGAUAACAUCAAACACCACACUGCACAUAAAAGAUAAUGAUGAUCGCCAAUUGUCUUCACAUGUCAUUGUUAUUCUAGGAUGUGGAAUCUUUGGAUGAGGAGGAAAUGGACAAAAAUGAAGAGGAGAAUGAAUCUACUGCUACUGGUUCAGUUUGCACAAA